GGACAACUCUGUGGUAGGUAUGCAGUCUCUGGUCAUCUCCUGUACUAUGUCCGCAGUCUCUGGUCAUCUCCUGUACUAUGUCCGCAGUCUCUGGUCAUCUCCUGUACUGUGUCCGCAGUCUCUGGUCAUCUCCUGUACUAUGUCCGCAGUCUCUGGUCAUCUCCUGUAGUAUGUCCGCAGUCUCUGGUCAUCUCCUGUACUAUGUCCGCAGUCUCUGGUCAUCUCCUGUACUAUGUCCGCAG